ACCAUUCACUUACACAUCAAAAACCCUAACCCUAAAUCCCCAAAUCUCAAUACACCAAAUCCAAUCUCAAAAAAGCUUCAAGAGCAACAAAAAUGUCAGGCCGUGGAAAGGGAGGCAAGGGAUUGGGCAAAGGAGGAGCCAAGAGGCACAGGAAGGUUCUGAGAGAUAACAUUCAGGGAAUCACAAAGCCAGCCAUUCGGAGAUUGGCGAGGAGAGGAGGAGUCAAGAGGAUCAGCGGCCUCAUCUACGAGGAAACCAGAGGAGUCCUCAAGAUCUUCUUGGAGAACGUGAUCCGUGACGCCGUGACUUACACCGAGCACGCUAGGAGGAAAACUGUGACCGCCAUGGAUGUGGUUUACGCGCUCAAGAGGCAGGGAAGGACCUUGUAUGGUUUUGGGGGUUGAUUAUUUGAAAUUGUACCUGUUUUUCUUGGUAUAUGUUGCUAAGCGAUAAUUUUUAGUUUGAUGAAUGAAAUGGAUUUUUCCUUCCUA